AUGGUUUUGCCGCACGAACUUGCUCCAGGCUAUGGCACCAAGCUUCUGGGACAAAGAAUACCACUUGGUGACUCGCCUAAGGCCCCUUGCCAAUGCCUAGAAUGUGGCCAGCAAUACCGCACUGAGACGGCUCUGAAGAUGGGGAACAAGACUUAUUCACGCCUUACAGGAGUGGAAGAUGCUCAAAAGCUGUUGGAUGAACAAGUGGCGACCAUUCGUGCCAAUCAGGCUUUUCUACGCCAAAUGUUGCUCAAUCAUGGCAAUGCAAUCUUUAGUAGAUGGAAAAAGGCGAGCUGGUCAAGAAGAGCUUCGGCUAUUCAAAACGCACUGCCAGAUAUCCAGGUGGAGAAGUGGGCAAUAUUUAAGAAGUUCUACGGUCCAUCCGUUGUAUUAAACGAAGCUCUCCUCCGCAAAUCCUGCCUACUUCCAUACAUCAACCUUGAUGAUCUAAGGUCGGAUCGGUUCAAAUUCCUAGGUCUCCUUUAUGCGCGGAGUCAAUAUGAUCUCGACGACUGGGUCGCAUUCGACGUUAACCAAACCAAGAUGGCUUGGGAACAUGGUUGGGUCGCAGUGGAACAUUGCGCACAUGCAGUCAUCAUGUUCGGUGCCGAAUAUGGCAAGUUAGUGCCAUGGAAUCGGGACCAAGCACAUCGAUGGGAUAUCAUUGGAUUUCCUCGUGCUCAUUUGGUGAUUGAAGCUCAAUUCACUCUUCUAAAGCUACUUCGAGAUUGGGCCGAGCUUGUCGAAGGCGGCUUUGGAAGAUCUAGCGAGUCCGAGACCUGGACGCUGCUCACCAACCAAGCGUUUACUGCACCACCUAUGCUCAAUGCUGACAGCCUGUUCGAGAUUGCAAUUUCUCGCUUUAAGAUGGCGCAGGAUCACGUCUGGCUCCUGCAAACCGACCCUUAUUACAUGCGCAAUGAAGCUCGUUACGUUCUUGAUACACAAGUAGCGAAGACUGUUGGAGAGAAAGCGGGAAGACCCCAGUACCUGAACUUUGUAGCUAACAACAUGGUACUCAGAGCUUUCGGAAGAGUAGAUCACUGGGAUAUGAUAGUCAGGGAGUGUCAGAAUUUCCAAGCGGUAAGCCAAAAAUUCUGCAGCGCUAUUCAAAUUGGACAGGCGCCCCCUCCCGAAUACCAAACGACUAUCCGCUUACUCGAGGUCUUGUUGAUCAACAUUCUCCUGGCACAAACAAAAGGGCUGGAGGUGCGUCUCCCAUCAUUUCGUGGCUUUGAAAAGUGCUACGGCGAAGUCGCGAUCAGUAGCGAAUGGUACAAGGAUGACCCCCUCUUCUGGAUAUUGCACUCGUUGACUGCUGAUCCUCGCUCAUCGGUCGAUCCUGCUAUGCUGUUUAGUUUCCUCGAUGAAGUCAUGAGUGGAAAGAACGUGGACAUAGACCGAAACCGUGUUGACCAACAACUGAUGGACCAGCUUUCAGACCUUGGCGCCACUUGGGAGCUGCUUAUUGCUGUCCGCUCCCAGCGGCCUAGAGCCAAGGAAGAACUCACCAAUGAAGACCUGAACCAGUGUCAAGAAAGCUUCAGUCGUGUUUGGCUCCGCCAUUCAAAAACGUCUGGUCGUGGCAGGCAAGGCCUGACGCCAGAGCACAUGCCCGCGCUGAAGGCAGGAUCUCUGCUGCACCAAUUUGAAUUACUUCCGCUGCCAUCAGGAAAAAAGGACGCCGUGUGGCAACAGAGAUCUGAUGACGUGCACGCGAGGCUCACAGCGUUCUGGACAAGAGCUAGACAGUGGCUCGAAAACGACUUCUCAAAGCAAGGAUGCCCGGAAGAGCACAUCAAGCAGUUCCUUGGGCUGGUUUCUUUCGACGUCGCCCCUGAGCAUUUGAAAGCGUUAGAGGAGCAGAGAAAGACGAUUCUAGCUGGCCCAAAGCCGAAGGCAAAGCCGUUAACGACAGAAGACACGCCUGCGCAGUCCUCCUGGAGUCCUUCAGUGGGAGAAGGUUCUAGUGCCUAUCUGGUUCGACGUCCGAAAGUGAAACAGAAGCGCCGAGGGACUGAGGAGACGAAGGGGCAACUCGAAGUUCAAUCCGAACAAGUUGAGGACUUCCACCCUACAUCUUCUGCAGAAAGUGACAACCCUUCAACGUUCACCAUCCCCGUGAGCGCUGAGACCCUAGAGAUAUUCAACGACAUGUUCCCGACAGGCAGUGAAGAUGUGGGAGAGCCAAAGAAGAAGAAGAAGAAGAAGAAGAAGAAGAAGAAGGGCCUCCUGGACUGGCGCAGCUUCGUUUCUGCUAUGACAGACGCUGGCUUCUCCACCAGCAGCAGCGGUGGUUCAGCUGUCACUUUUGCAAACGCUCACGGCAAAAUCAUCUUUCAUCGACCACAUCCAGUAGCCAAGGUUGAUCCGGGUAUGUUGGCUUGGUUCGGGAAGCGCUUGAACAAAUGGUUCGGCUUAGACAGAGACAGUUUUGUCUGUGCUGCAGAUACAAAGAAAGGCGGUAAGGACAUUUCGACUGCUGCGAAAGAGAACGAGGAUGAUCAAAUCAACGAAAAAGGCAAUAAUUGA